AUGUGCAACACCUUGGCAGAAAUACGAGUUGAUACAACAAUUCCAACAGAGUUGAAAAUUCAAUAUAACAAACCCGACAUUUUUUUCUACGACAAAAGAGAAAACCUAAUAUGGCUUAUUGAAGUGGGUGUGACUUCAAUAGAUAACCUAAAGAGUGUGGAAGUAGAAAAACUGCACAAAUACGACAUUUUAGCUAGUGAAUUACAACUGAUUCACAAGACUAAGGUGAAGAUUGUGCCAAUUGUCAUUACGUGGGAUGGAAUCGUUUCAACAAUCUACCGCAAGUACAUGGAGCUCCUUGGGAUUAAAGAACGUGUUCGGUCUUACAUCCAGACUGUAACGCUGAGAGCCACUCUGGAGAGCAUGUUUGUCGAGUACAAACAUGGCUUCAGUGAAAUUCUGGACUCUGCAAAUUCCGUAAAUAGGGACUGGCGGAAAUAUAAUUUCUCUAUGAAGAUCAGCAAGUCCCUUAAGAGGCCCAGAGACUGCACGCCCCAGGCGGAGAUUGAGGAUUAUGGCGAGGAAGAUCAAAGUGGAGUUAUGGGGAACUCGGGAAGCAAAAAUUUGAGAGUCGUCUAA